UUAUCAGCUUUUGCUUCUUAAGAAACCCAGUGAUCUCCACUACUUCCUCAGACCUCUGCUAUCUUUUCUAGCUUUACCCAAACCUAAAUCUCCUCGAAACUUGAAAGAUCAAUCCAUUAUCAAGUUGAAUCCCAGUUUUUCUUUCACCAGCUGCAUGUUUGAUACAAUGGAUGUUGAGAAGAGGAAAACCACCGGUCUUGGUGAGGUCUCGUUUUCUUCUUACCGUAGCACUGCGGAAGAGAUCUUUGUGCAUAAGAUUGCACAACCUCGAUUAACAAGAAAUAAGAGCCCGGACGGUGAAAUCAGUGUCUUCGGAGCUGAAAAGUAUUUCAGUACAAAACUCGACGAUGCUGAGGGUGAUGGUGAUGACAAGUUUUCGAAUAAGCGAGAUGAUUCGCUGCAGGGUCCACGGCGGUGGCCCGGGACACCGAGUGCAAGUUCCGAAGCAAGUUGGAGUAGCCAAAGUGUUCUGUUACGAAGUUUCAUGAAGGAUCGAUCAAUGAACAAGAAGAAGAGGGUUGAUGGAAGGAGUUUUUUCGCUAAUCUUAGCUGCACUGGCUCUUGUUCCAAUGGGAAAUCUGUUUAUGUCAAUCAAGAUGUUGAUCGUGGAAGGGUUCAUGCGAAAGAAGUGAGCAGGAAAUCGGUUCAACCGAAAUUUAGUCCGAAAGAUGAUGUCGAUCGGACGAAUUUUCGGUCAGUUCCGAUUCCGGAACUCGAAACACAGCUGGAUGAUCCACGGAAUUCCCUGGAAGUAUUCGGAUCCACAGCAAUGAAGAAAGGGGACGUAACCAAGAAUCUCCAGAGGAAACUGUCCAUGUUAACUUGGGAUGCCAUCCCCAAUGCUCCGUCCGUUUCAUCCAUUUCGAGAAGCAAUAGAAUGGACGACGAUGUCGACAGUGAUUGUAGUUCAGAUCUCUUCGAGAUCAACAACAUAGACCGCGACAGUCCGUAUGCACCGAGCGAGACCAGCGUCGAAUGGAGCGUCGUCACUGCCGUAGCAGCGGACUGCUCGUUUGUUUCCGAUCACAACGAAAAUAGAUCGAAAAGCAUCACUAGAGUGGCCAAUACAACCAAAGAAGCACAGAGAAGCCGAUUGGGUGGGAUAUUAGGGUGCAAGAGUCACAAAGCAGUCAUGGUCGUCGAAACCGCAUACACCAAGGGUCCGAACAUCAUAGAUAGUUAA